AUGAGUAAUAGUAAUAAUAAUAAUAAUAAUAAAAAGCUGGCAAUAUCAUUAAAAAAUGUUUGUAGAGGGUAUGGUAAUACAAAAGUAAUUGAUAAUUUAAAUUUACAAAUUAAAAGUGGUACAAUUAAUUGUUUAAUUGGAGCAAGUGGUAGUGGUAAAACCACUAUCCUUAGAACUAUAUUAGGUCGUUUAAUACCAGAUAGUGGUGAAGUAUUAGUAUUUGGUAAGAGACCACAUGAUAUUGGUGGUGUGCCAGGAUCAAUAUGUGGCUUUUGUCCACAAGAAGGUGCACUAUAUUAUGAUUUAACCUUGGAUCAUACAUUAAAUUUCUUUUCAAAUGUUCAUCAAAUACCAAAAGAUAAAUUUGAAUCAAAAAAAAAUGAAAUCAUCAAACUUUUAGAUUUACCUCAAAUUAAUUCUCGUUCAGUUGGUUUAUUAAGUGGUGGUCAAAAAAAAAGAGUUUCAUUAGCUGUUGCAUUAUUACAUUCUCCAAAAUUAUUAAUUUUAGAUGAACCAACAGUUGGUAUUGAUAUGGAAGUUGCAUCAAAUAUUUGGAGUUAUUUAAGAUCAUUAGCAAAUUCAGGAGUUACAAUUAUUAUUACAACGCAUUAUAUAAAUGAAGCAGUUGGUUCUGAUAAUGUAUUUUUAUUAAGAGAUGGUAAAAUCCUUGAAAAUGGUGCCCCAAAUUAUUUAAUUGAAAGAUAUGAAUCACAAACACUUGAAGAAGUAUUUUUAAAACUUUGUAAACGUGAUAAUGCUCAAUCAAUUGUUGAUUCAAAAAAGAAUAAUAAUAAUUCUUAUUUUUCUUCUCAAGAAAUUAUUGAUGUUGAAUCACAUAUUGUCAACAAUAAUAAUAAUAAUAAUAACAAUAAUAAUAAUAAUAAUUAUAAUAAUAAUGAUGAUGAGGAAAAUUAUAAUGAUGAUAUUUAUAAUGAUAAAAAACCAUUAAUUGGUAUUUCAAAAGAAGAUGAAAAUAAUACAAAUGGUUCAACAAAUAAAGAAAGUGGAAUUUUAUUUAGAUUUUAUAAAGUAUUAUUACAUUCUGUUGCAAUUGGUAAAAGAAAGUUUAUUCAAAUUAUUAGAAAUAAAGUUGUAUUAUCAUUUGAAUUGUUAUCACCAAGUGUUCAAGUAUUGUUAUACUUUUUAGCUAUUGGUGGUAGUCCAAAGAAUUUAGAAUUUGGUGUGGUGAAUUUAGAUGUUGGUCCUAUUGGUUCAAUGUAUAUCAAUAGUUUAUCAAAUACUGGUAUAUUCAAUUUCCAUAAUUAUAAUAGUACCACUGAAGCAAUUGAACAAAUUAAAUCUGGAAAUUCAUUUGGUUUAUUGGAUAUAAAUGCUCAAUUUUCAGAGGCAAUCCUUGAAAAUUUUAUGAAUCUAUCACAGUAUAACCCAAAUGGUCAAAUUGAUUUAUAUAUGGAUUUUACAAAUUAUCAAAUCACUCUUAUAGUUGAGCAACAGUUGGCAUUAUCUUUUGAAACAUUAGCUAAACAACAAGCAAAUAUAACAAUGAAUCCGAUUAAAACUGUAACGCCAACAGUCUAUGGUAACCCAAAUUCAAAGUUUAUAGAUUUUUUAGCACCUGGUAUGGUUUGUUUAAUUUCAUUCGCUCAUGCUAUCUCAAUUACGUCGGUUAGUUUUGUCAAAGAGAAAGUUGAUGGUAGUUUAGAUAGAUUGUUUGCCUAUGGUGUUAGAACUUCGUCAAUUGUGUUUGGCCAUUUCCUCGGUCAUUUACCAUUGUUACUUGUGCAAAUCACUGUAUUACUAUUGAUUGCAAUCUAUGGUUUCAAUGUACCAAUUGAGGGUAAUAUAGCAUUGGUAUUCUUAAUGACUGUAUCUUUAGCCUUUGUUGGGAUGAGUCUUGGUUUAGUCAUUAGUGCAGUUAGUAGAGUUGAAACAGAAGCCAUUCAAUUAUCAUUAGGUGUUUAUUUCCCAACUCUAAUUUGUAGUGGUACUCUUUGGCCAUUACAAUCUUUACCAAAUUGGUUUGUAUGGUUCCCAAAUAUUUUACCGGCUACCCAUGCUGGUAAUGCAAUGAGAGAUAUUAUGUUAAAAGGUGUUGGAUUACAUUACAAAGAAGUUUGGGUUGCUUUCUUAGUUGUUUUAUCUUGGUUAAUAUUUUUAAUUUUCAUUGCAGUUUUAGCAUUAAAUGAAAAAGAUAAAAAUUUAAAAUUAUCAUGUUUUAAAAAGAGAAAAUAA